GAGUUUUGUGCAGUGUUGCUGGUACAAGAACAGCAGCAGACGCAGUGAUGAGAUCUUUAAUCCUCUUUCUGACCAAACACUGCCCCCUCAUCACUGGCUUCAUCAAGAUCUCGUAUAGGCCUAUAGGGGAUACUUCUUCCCCAUAACCUUUAUUUACUGUUCCACCACCUCCACGCCCCCCUCUCUCUCUCUCUCUGCGCCUCUCUCCCAGUCACACACAGCAUGGAAAAACUGCAGGAAGAUUCCCAAGAAGUUCCCUCUUGAAAUUGGGUGUAUCUAGUUCCCUGGGUUUGAUUGGUCAAGUGGGGUAUUAAACUAUUUACCAACAAAAAAAAUUCCAGUUUGGUUGGGGCAUUCUGGGUGUAUCAAAAGCUGUGUAAAGAGACGGUAAAAGAGAGGCAGAGAGAUGGGUUUAGGCUGAAUAUAGAGCUGGCCUUAGCCUUCUGGGUCUGGUUUGUUGUUUUCUUUUUCUUUUUCAUUUUUUUUCAACUUAGACGGCUUUGGUUUCUGGUGUUGGGUAAUGGAAACCGGGAAAACUGAAUGGCAGAGCCUUUUGGGAGAGGCAGCAGCAGAAGUAUCAGGUCUCAGUUGGGUGGCAGUUGCACAAGCAACAAGAGGAGAGUGGGAAGGAAAGGGAGAGUAAAGAAUCAACAACCCACAAAGAAAAAGUGUGCUGCUCCUUUAAAAGCUGGAAGGGGAAAAGCACAAGGGCCGAGUCUGGAUCCUCAAAGGAAUCAUCAUCAUCAACAUCAAAACCCAGUUCUAAAUUCAAGGCAUGUUCAAGAAGAGGGAGAAGAAGAAGAAGACGACCAAGAUUCCACAUCACAGCAAAAAGAGCAUCACCAUCAUCAACAGCAAGAGGCAGUCUUUCAUUUCCAGCACCACCAUCUCCAUCAAAACCAACAUUUGUAUGGAGGAUUAGACUCACAACCACAACCAUCGCAACCUCCAAAGAAACGCUCUCACUUUCCUUCUCCUCAAACUUGCAUCGAAUAUGCAGGAAAAAUGCGAGAGAACCACCACCAAGCCACAACAUCGUCGAGAUUGGGGAUAAGAAGCGGAGGCGGCGAGAUCGUGGAGGUUCAAGGAGGCCACAUUGUUCGCUCCACUGGACGCAAGGACCGCCACAGCAAGGUCUGCACCGCCAAGGGGCCCAGAGACCGUCGUGUCCGUCUCUCCGCCCACACCGCAAUCCAGUUCUACGACGUCCAGGACCGGCUUGGCUACGAUCGACCCAGCAAGGCCGUCGAUUGGCUCAUAAAAAAAGCCAAGGCCGCCAUCGACGAGCUCGCCGAGCUCCCAGCAUGGAACCCCACGACUUCGGUCAUCACCACCACCUCACAACAAGAGCAGUACAACCAGCAGCCGCAGAUAAUCGACGAGAACGAGAAUACAAUCGGUAUCCACCGUGGUCCGAUGGAUACCAUUGCUUCAAGCAGUAGGAGGACAACAACUGCAAUGGUGGGCUGCGAUGGUGGUAGAGUUUCAGAAACUGAUAUGCAUAAUUUUCAAUCAGUCCAGAUGGGCCAGAACCCGAAUAAUAGUUGUAGUUUUCUUCCACCAUCGCUGGACUCGGACUCUAUUGCUGAAACAAUCAAGUCUUUUUUCCCUACGGGUGCAUCGGCGGAGACAAUGCACUCUCCUUCGCCGAUACAGUAUCAGAAUUACCCACCAGAUUUGCAGUCGAGAACUAGUAGCCAGAGCCAAGAUCUGCGGCUCUCACUUCAGUCUUUUCACGACCCAGUUGAUCUUCUGCACCGGAACCAGCACCAGGCCCAGACCUAUCAUCAUCAAAAUGAACAAAUGCAGUUUUUCUCCGGAACAACCCCAUUGGGUUACGGUGGGUCCUCCUCGGCUGGGUGGUCUGAGCACCACCAACACCACCCAGCAGAUACGGGCCGGUUCCAGAGAAUGAUAGCUUGGAAUAGUGCUGGUGCAGACACUGGUAAUGCCAACAGUGGAGGCGGUAGUGGAUUCGUCUUCAAUUCACCACCACCACCUCCUUUGUUCGGCCAAAACCAAUUUUCUACACAGAGGGGACCCCUUCAGUCCAGUAACAACACCUCUUCGGUUCGCGUUUGGAUAGACCCGUCAAUUACCACCGCCUCCGCUUAUCACCAUCAAAUUCCGCCAACAAUCCAUCAGUCCUCAACAUCGAGCAUUGGAUUCGCCUCUGGCGGAUUCUCCGGGUUUCACAUUCCAGCACGUAUCCAGGGUGAAGAGGAGCACGACGGCAUCUCAAACAAGCCGUCCUCUGCCUCCUCCGAUUCUCGCCAUUGAUCGAUCAGAAUAAAGCGACCGAUUUCCCUCUCUUUACGAGGUGCUACCUUCAAAACCCACUUCUCAAAUUCAUCUAAAAUGCCUCAUUACCGACUUUUAACUCGACUUUCCCACAAAUAAUCUACCUAUUUGUUAAAAUGCUUUUACAGGACUCUUAUCAUGCACUAGGAGAACCAAGAAGAGUAGUUAUUAUGUCAAUAGAGUAAUGGAAGAGAGGAGACUUUCAGUCAAUUUGAUCCGAUGGCGUAUCCCGUGGGAAGAAGAAAUCUGAGUACCUUUCAGGCUAUUCGGUCCGCGGUUUGUUUAGUUUCUAUCAUCUGAUUAUGUUCUAGCUUUGUUGUUAUGUUUGAGUGGGCUCCUAGAGCUCAACUUUGUUUAAGUUGUUGGAUUGCUGUGUUUCUGUCGGCAGACUUCGUACAUGUCAUGCUGUUUGAUUUCACUUUCAUUUCUAGCGUUUCCAGCGGUGAAACAGCAACUAGUUUGUUCUAAUAAACCUGGGCAGAGCAUGGCUCUUUUUCGAACAUUUGUCAUAAAACCCGGCAAAACCAGAUCAACUAAUAUGUUUCUUUCUCUUU